ACUUCAGAGGGAGCAACAUCCACCAGUAUGAUCCAAUGCAUUCGGUGCCUAAUCAUGGUUGCAAUGGUGGAAUCACGCAGAUGACCAGCGAUGACGAGCAGCUUUUGAAAGACCUUGCCAUCCACAAGAUGACUUCAGUGCUCACUGAAGUACUUGUGGUGGUGAAGGAUCUAUCCAGAGAUGUGCAGUUCAUCAAGAAAGAGUUGGCUGAGGGCAACAUGACACCAGGUGGUACCCGGGGACCAGCCACCGCAACCCAUAUGUUCCCAGUCCAACUGCCUAUCACCAGUGAACAAGACUUCAAUGGGGUGGAGUCAUUACUGAUGGAAGAAUCAGUUCGUCAAAAGAUGAUUGCUCGCCUGGCUUUGGUUGGAGGCACCAAUUCAGAUCACCUGAUCAGACGGAUGUUGGCAACUGUUCUGACCAACACCCUGGCCAGUCGGUUCAACUGGGCUGGAAAGAAAGAUAAGCGUUUCUCAGAAAGCAAGAAGCCAUUUAAGGACACGACACUACAACACUGCAUAUUUGGUGAGGUUCCUCCCCUG